GAAAUUAUGCAAAUAUUCUCAUGAGAUUCUUUCAGAAGAUAAUUUCCAAGUGCUGAAAAAACAUGAGCUCUCUGGGCUUAACCAAGAGGAAUUAGCAGUGCUCCUUGUCCAAAGUGACCCCUUUUUUAUGCCCGAGAUCUGCAAGAGCUACAAAGGAGAAGGUCGGAAGCAGCUCUGCAGCCAGCAGUUGCCCUGCGAGAGACUCCAUGUCUGCGAGCACUUCACCAGAGGAAACUGUAGUUACCUCAACUGCAUCAGGUCUCACAAUCUGAUGGACAGAAAAGUGUUGGUCAUCAUGCAGGAGCAUGGCCUGAGCCCAGACGUCGUGCAGAACAUCCAGGACAUCUGUAACAACAAGCACCAGCGGAGGAACCCUCCCGGGGCCAGAGGUCCUGCCAUGAAUCGUAGGGUUGUGACAGCUAGAGGGAGAAGCAGAAGUAGAGACCGACUCUUGCAGAACAGUCAGGAAGUUCUCUCGUCUGCCUCAGCUUCUGAUCAGAGGUCCUGCACGUCCAGCCCUGACAUCAUUGUCCUGGAGGAUUCCCUGGAGGAUGAACCUCUGGACAACCUCACCCACCAGUUCAAGUAUCUGGGGAGUGAGGACCUGGCCAAGCCUUCCUCAGUGCCACCUAAGGCUGCUGGUCUUGGAAGGUCAGGUCAAGUGGGAGCAAGCCAGAGGUUUUCAGAGAACGGUGGUCAAGAUAGCCUCUUUCAUAAGAAUCAUUCUGCCUCAACACCAGGUCAAGCUGCUGUCAAAUCUCCUCUUGGUUCUGCACAUACAGUUGAAGCCAUGACUGCCAGGAAGGGCCCUGGCAUGCUUUCUUCAGACCCUAUGAAUGUCAAGGGCAAGAGUGGGACUCAAGACAUCCAGCAUGUCCCUCUUUUCAAUAAUAAUGUUGAUGAAGUGGCUGCGAAUAUACCUUCCAUAAGAUCUUUAAAUUACAGACCCACCACCAAUGGUCAGAGAGAGAUGGCAUUGUCUAGGAACCAUCAGAGCAAGGAGGCUACUCCCCAGGAUCUCCUUACCCAUCGUGACCCGGAAGCGACAUUUCCGAAUAGUACAUACAGAGGGAACCCAGUCUGGGCUUCUACAUCUACCCAGAAUACACCAAGUCACUCCAGUCAAAUCGUGGAUGAAGCUACUGAUGGAGAUAAAACUGGCGUUACAGGUUUUGGCUUAAAAACAGCAGCCACUGGGGGAAAAGAUGCGUUCUAUUCUGGAAGUCAGGGUCUGAGAAGCCAGGUCCCAGUCACCACCCCUGCACAAGUCAACAGAGCUGCACCCUAUGGGACCCACAGCCAGAGCUCCAUCCACGCCACUGUGAGCUCCACCAGGGAACUCUCAAGGAGGACCCCAGGCUCUGCUCAGGGUUCUAUAGCUGGUGUCACAAACACCACUUCUAGGAUGGAUGAUCUUGACUCACAGGAAAUUUGUCCAGACCAUCUGUCCAAGGGCUGUCAACUUAAUAGCAGCUGCAAUAAAAUCCACUUCCACCUGCCCUACCGGUGGCAGGUAUUAAUUUCAGACACCUGGAUGGACCUCCAGGCCAUGGAGAAGAUUGAAGAGGCCUAUUGUGAUCCCCAAACUCACAUCAUUUUGGUUGGAUACCAUGAAAUCAAUGUACAGAAGAUGACUUGUGAUGUUAACCCUAUCCGGCGCCUCUCCACUCCUCCCACUCUGUCUGGCACAAAGCCGGCCAACUCUGUCUUCACCACCACGUGGCUUUGGUAUUGGAGGAGUGAGUCAGGCAGAUGGAUUCAAUACGGCGUAGAGCACAACAAUCAGCCCAGUUCAAACAUCGACUCAUCAUACCUGGAGUCUCUGUUUCAGUCCUGUCCCAGGGGAGUUGUGACAUUUCAGGCAGGCCCACGGAACUACGAGCUGAGUUUCCAAGGGAUGAUUCAGACAAAUGUAGCUUCCAAGACUCAAAAGGAUGUCAUCAGAAGGCCGACAUUUGUUUCCCUGCGGGACGUGGAGCGGAUGAAGAGAGGGCCAGACCAUCAGCCUGUGCAGACGCGGCCAGAGGCUCUAACAUCAAAAUUUGUUUCUCAGUCGGGCCUUAGCACCAACUCUUGGAAUGGAUAUGAGUUGUUGGAGCUCAAUAGCCAGUGUCAGGAUUAUGACAUAAUAAGCAAUUAUUUUAAAUUAUCCAUGAAAAAUUUCAAGAUUGAAAAGAUAAAGAAGAUCGAGAACCCCAAACUUCUGGACACUUUCCAAAGGAGGAAAAAGAUGAUGAAGAACCAAGAGGAGAAACUCCUGUUCUAUGCGACAAGCCGUGCCCAUGUGGAUUCUAUCUGUGCAAAUAAUUUCGACUGGCUCCUACAUGGAGCUCAUGAAAGCAAAUACGGGAAAGGACACUACUUUGCAAAAGAAGCCAUCUAUUCCCACAAAAGUUACUCGUGUGAUGCCAAAAACACCGUUAUGUUUGUUGCCCGUGUCCUGACUGGAGAUUUUAUCGAAGGAAAUAUGAUGUACACGAGCCCCCCUCUACAGUACGACAGCUGUGUGGACAGGAGAAUGAAUCCUUCUGUCUUUGUCAUCUUCCACAAAGAUCAGAUUUACCCGGCAUAUGUGAUUGAAUAUUCAGAAACAGAUAAAGCCGCCUGUGUGAUUAGUUAGAAAUGAUGAGUAUCACGAAUACCAGAAGCCAUGCAGGGAUCCUCCUGCGCACCUAUAGGACCAAAUCACCCCAGACAAUAGUUAAGAGUUUUACAUUCCCUGGUCAGGUUAUCUAAUGCCUUAAAUCAGUGGCUCCUGAACUUUGCUGCACAAAAAUUCCAAUGCCCAGGUAGCAUCCCUUCCCCAGUAAGUCACUCCUAGGCAUGAGAAUCCCACAGUGCUGUUUAUUAGCGCCCACCCAGUGAAUCCAGUGUUUUGGAAUGUUUUUAUUGUCUUAGAGGUACCUGGUGAAGGCUGAUUUCUAAAUUUUCUGUAAUGACAUCAACCUUUCUUUUAUCUACUCUUGAGUUUAUUGUACAGCAUGUUUUCGUUUUGGUUAAAUUGAAAGAAAAUUAAUUUGGGAAAUUUGAGAGAAAUCUAAUAACACCCAUUGAAAUAAGAACGUGAGACAUUACAACCUAAGGUGAAAGAUUAGCUGAGAAAAAGUUAAGCAUUAAAUUUCCGUGGCAUUCCAAACAUAACUGCAGGGCUGAACCUGUCAUGUAACGCAGCUUAUUUGGGGCACGCAUUUCUCUAGCUCUACGUUUAUUUAGAAGACAGAUUGAAUGGAGUAAGAGCCUCCACUUAUGGCCCAGGCAGAAACAACCAACUGGAGUUAAUGGCCCAUUUGGGUUUUUCAUGGAAUCACGGAAAGAUAGACAUUUAUGAUCUGGUUAGUGUGAUUAUAGAGAAAGCUUUCUUCAGGUCAGUCUUUCAUGAAAGAGUGGUAUUUUAGGAGGACUGAGUUGCAGUAACCAGAUGCAUACAAGCAUGACUGAUAAACCUGAGUGCUAUUUUAGUCGUUUUGGGGUAGAUGAGGCUCAGCCGGAGGGGAGGAGCAGGGCCAUCCCUAUGGAAGGAUGGGACUCGACUCCUAAGGAGGCUGGAUUUGUUUUCUUCCUUCUGCACAGAAGCAGAACAAAGAGAACAAUGUCUCAACCAGACCUUGUGUCUGCAAGGCUUCUGCUCAUAAAUAUAACGGAUUGUAUGAAUUUUAGUAGAGUCAGUGUUUAGAGCAAUAUUUCCUUAUUAUGAUUCAAGUUUUUCCCCCAGUUUUCCUUUUCCAACAUCCCUUCCAGUUGCCCAAAUUUCCUGUUACAGUUCCUUCCAGCAGACAUGUUCAAAAUAAUUAGCAUUAGAGUUGACUUUUCUAUCAGUCAGAUUUUAGAUCAAUACAAAAAGUUGCAAAAUUCCUUGGUCUAAAGGUUUCUACCAGUCACAAAUGUAGUUUUUUUUUUUUUAAAGAGUAGGGUUCUUUUCUGGGAGGCUUGCCAUGAAUAGUUAAUUCUCAUUCACUUCAAUUUUUUUUUUUUAUGGCAGCUUCCACUUUGGAAUGUUUUCCUGACCUUGACCCUCACACUGUAGAGUGCAAUUUAUCCAAGUGCCCAUUAGACACCUCGAGUUAGAUGUUUGCUGGGUGUCUCUGGUUGACCACGUCCACAGUGGAACUCUCUAUCUGCCUCCCUGUCAAAGGACAGAAGCAAAUCCCAAAGUCAUCCUUGACUCCUUGCUUUCCUUCCCCGCUAUACACUAAAUCAUUUGUAAGUUCCGUUUUUACCUCUUAAAUAUUUUUCCCCCUAUUAACUUGUUCAUUACUUAGCAGUAAGAUUGGUCAUAUUUUUAAAGUUGUAUUUACUAGUGGCUCUUUUAAAACACAAAUAAGAUCAUACCCUUAAGAUAAAGUUCAGAGUCAUAAUGGCCCCACGUGACUCUUCUUUCCUCCCCUUGGCACUUACGUUCUUCCACACAAGCCACUCCAGUUGCCUUGCAGUUUCUGGUAUCCUUCUUGCCUUGCUUAAUCCUAGUUUGAUGGUUCUCAGUGGCCACUUCUACCUUUUUUGUUAUUGUUAAAAUGCAAUUCAGAGGUAAUAUACUAACUACAACACAAUUGUAGAAAUAAAAUUAAAUAAAACUAAGAAGAUCUGAAAGGCACAUAACUUGGGCACAACUUUACAGUACUAAAUGACAUAAGUCGUCAGAUGCCUACACCUACUUACAGUGGGUAAAUAUGACCUUAAAAGAAAGUAGGAGAUCAGAAGCUAUUGUGUACAAGAAAAUGGAAAGCAGAGCUGUGAGUGGACAUUAGAAUAAAAAAGUAGUGAUGUGAUUUAUUUGCAUAUGAUAGUACUUAUGGAUAUGUGAUAAGAGAACGAAGUAACCUUCCAUGAAAUAUACUAUGCAAGAGAAUGUCCAGACUAUUAAAACAGAAAAUUAAGACAUACUACAUUCUUGCAGACGAGCUGUUGGUCUUACUUACGUGAAUGUCUAGUGAGACAUUCAAAAGUCGUAUAGGGUGCAGAACAAUUUCUUACUGUGAGAAAGCGUCCAACGUAUUGCAAGACUUCCAGCAUACUUGGCUCUCACAUGCUAAAUGCCAGUAGCGACCCUCCCUUGUCCCUGUCCCCAAGCUUGACAACUACAAGCCCUGUCAGACCUGUUCACCCUUUUCAGAGUAGGAAUUUUGUAACAUCCCCUUUGCUGUCCUAAGAUGAUUCUUAGGAGUACAAUCUACACAUGAAUUUCUUUAAAAAUUAAUUUAUGCCCUAACUCUUUAAUGGAGACAUAGAAGGUAAGAACUUUGAAAGGAAAAUAGAAUGAAUUACCAUAUGCAAAUACUCAGGCAUGACUAUGCUAUAAUCCAUGAAACAGAUACUUAUUCUUAAAUGUGAACUUAAGAGUCGAGUAAGGGCUACUUCCUGUAAAGAAGAACAGGAAAGUCAUAACAAACCAUAUACCUUACCUGUCUGUGUUAAAGGAGAGGCCGAAAUUACCUUAUUGAAAUAAGGAUAAUAGGGCAGGACAAAUGACAGAUCGUCUCAGAGGAAAUCAAUGCAUUCUGUUCUCUCAGACGAGCUGCAGGUCCUACAUAGAUGUCCAGCAGGACAUUAGACAGUCGUACAGUGCAGGACACCUGUUCUGCACCUAGCUGUGUUUGCUCAGUGCCGGUUACUGUCCUCAGUUAUGAAGCCAACAGCAACCUGUCCUUUUGCAAUAUUCCACACUGAGAACCACUUUAAUGUUCAGCACCCUUAGAUUAACUCAGCUGUCACCUCCAGAAGGAGUCCUAUAGACUCUGUCCCAGCCUUAACUCCUCAAUCCCCAGUUUUUAGAAUACUUGGUACCUUGAUUUGGGUACUUUUAAGCAUCUAUCCAACCUGAAAUUGUCUCCUUCCUGUAUUGUAAUAAAAGCUCUGAGUUGAUCUAUUGUUCAUUCUGCCGCAUCUGAUGCCCUCCUAGUUGGGUGCUUGAUACACAAAUACGCUGGAUGAAGCUAACAGUAAGCUCAACUACUUGUAUUUCAGUAGUUGAAUUUUAUUGCUUCUUGUUCUUGUUUGCUUAAUUUGAGACUACUUAAUAAAAAGAAAAAAAAACUGAUUUGGUUCCACUGCAUAU